AUGUGGUCAUUUGUGAGCCCCCUGCGCCAGCUCUGUGAGAGGGGUGACAGAGUGGAGAUGUCACAUGACCUGGAGAGAAUCCUGCCAGGAGAUGACAGCCGUUUGCAGAGGAGCGUCAUGAAAGGAGUGAUGACAGUGACAUCAAGGUACAUGAGGGCGACCCAGCCCAUGUACUUCUUCCUCCUCAACCUCUCCCUCCUCGACCUUGGCUCCAUCUCCACCACUGUCCCCAAAUCCAUGGCCAAUUCCCUGUGGGACACCAGGGCCAUUUCCUACUCAGGAUGUGCUGCCCAGUUCUUCCUCGUUUUCUUCUUCUUUGGAGGAGAGUAUUCUCUCCUCACAGUCAUGGCCUAUGACCGCUACAUUGCCAUCUGCAAACCCCUGCACUAUGGGACCCUCAUGGACAGCAGAGCCUGUGUCAAAAUGGCAGCAGCUGCCUGGGCCAGUGGUUUUCUCUAUGCUCUCCUGCACACUGCUAACACCUUUUCAAUACCACUCUGCCAAGGCAACACAGUGGACCAGUUCUUCUGUGAGGUUCCCCAGAUCCUCAAGCUCUCCUGCUCAGAUGCCUACCUCAGGGAAGUGGGGCUUAAUGUGGUUAGUGGCUGUUUAGUCUUUGGGUGUUUUGUUUUCAUUGUGGUGUCCUACGUGCAGAUCUUCACUGCUGUGCUGAGGAUCCCCUCUGAGCAGGGCCGGCACAAAGCCUUUUCCAUGUGCCUCCCGCACCUGGCUGUGGUCUCUCUGUUUGUCAGCACUGUCAUGAUUGCCUACCUGAAGCCCCCCUCCAUCUCCUCGCCAGCUCUGGAUCUGGUGGUGACUGUUUUGUACUCAGUGGUACCUCCAGCUCUGAACCCCCUCAUCUACAGCAUGAGGAACAAGGAGCUGAAGGAUGCCCUGAGGAAAGUUAAAGAAGCCCAGGUCCUUCAACCUCUCCUCAUGGACGGGAUUAUUGCUGCCUAG